GUAGCGGCAAGUUGGGUUUCGAAGUGUUUGUUUCAAAAUGGCGUUCAAUGGAGAUGGGCCCCACACCAAAAGACAGAGGACAGAAGCGGAAUCUGUCAAUAACAGAGGACAUACUGGAUUCAAUGCCACGCCGGAUGAACCGAGGCGAAAAAGACCAGACGAUGCAAAACCCAAUCAUGUACUACUCUUCACUAUAAUCAACCCCAUGUAUCCCAUUACAGUGGAUGUUUUACACACAAUAUGCCAAUCCAGUGGACAAGUACUUAGAAUAGUUAUCUUUAAGAAAAAUGGCGUCCAAGCUAUGGUGGAAUUUGACAGUGUGGAAUCGGCCGUCAGAGCGAAAGACACAUUAAAUGGAGCCGACAUAUACUCAGGCUGUUGUACGUUGAAGAUCGACUUUGCCAAGCCAGAGAAACUGAAUGUCCACAAAAAUGAUUCCGAAAGCUGGGACUACACUGUGUCGCUACUAAAGGAAAACGCAAAUGGGAGGCCGCAACCUUUAUUGCAGGAGCCGCAUUACGGAUCCCGUCCUCAGCCCUACAGAAAGGCCAAUCCAUAUCCAAACGAACAGACCAGGCAGUUCGACGAAAUAUGCGCCAGCACAGGGUACGGCGAACCCUUCGGCACGGACACGUUCAGAAAGACCGCUACCCCGGCGGUAACGACAGAAUUCAGAGACCAAAGGACAGCGCAUUUCCAGCAACCGGGAGCUGUGCUCAUGGUUUACGGACUGGAUCCUCUACGUACCAACGCGGAUAAGCUGUUCAACCUCAUGUGCUUAUAUGGAAAUGUAGCUCGGAUAAAAUUUCUGAAAUCAAAAGAGGGCACGGCGAUGGUACAGAUGGGCGACAGCGUGGCGGUGGAGAGGUGUGUUCAGAACCUAAACAACGUCGCGGUGGGCCUGACGGGGGCCGCGCCGUUGGUCCAUCACUCGAACAACACAAACGAACAACAGCAAAACGAGAACAACCUUAAGGAACACAAGCUCCAGCUGGCCUUCAGCAAACAGCCCUACCUCAGCGAGGUGACAAAUCCCUACCCCCUCCCCGACAAAUCGCCAUCCUACAAGGAGUACAUCACAAACAAGAACAACAGGUUCAUGAACCCCGCCAUGGCCAGCAAGAACAGAAUCCAACCACCCAGCAAGAUCCUUCACUUUUUCAACACCCCUCCGCAGGUGACAGAGGUGGAGUUGAUACAAGUGUUCAGAGACUACGACGUCGUUCCACCUAAGGCGGUCAAAUUGUUCCCGAUGAAGUCGGAACGUUCCAGUUCGGGCCUUCUGGAAUUCGAGAACAUCACGGAAGCCGUGGCUGCGGUAAUGGCUUGCAAUCACGCGGCCAUCGAGAGUCCAGGCACGAAGUUUCCCUUCAUAAUGAAAUUGUGCUUCUCGUCGUCCCGUAGCAUGACCAUUAGAAAUGGCGAUAAUAAUUCCAAUGGGGCCGCGGACAAGCAGGAUCACUAAGCGGCCGAACCCAAUAAAAAAAAAUACAUAUCCUUUCCAUAUAUAUUGUAAAUUCAAAAUAUAAUUAUUAAUGUUAAGUUAGUACUUACAGAAGUGGAUAAGAGUGUUUUUCUUCGUUGUUGUUAUAUUCCGUUCUAUGAAUCUCCUUGACCAAUUGUAAUUUUUUUUUUCCUUAAAUGAUUUUUGUUCCUAAGAAAGUCUCUAAAUAUUUUUGUAUCACAAGUACUUUUUUGGAUGGAACUUUCUUGAUUAUAAUUAAGAUAAUUAUGUAAUAAUCGUAAUAGUAUGGACAUAUCGUAAAUAGAGGUGGGGAGGGGAGGAUGUAACGUUUGAGUAUUUGUGUGGGACACAAAUAAAAAUUUACCUGUGCUCGGGGGAUCGUGCGAAGCGACGUAAUCCCUAGACGUGGUGAAUCCUCUCAUUUUAAAAGUGAACGGAAGCCCUCGACGGGGACAGUAACGAAACGUUUAAAACGCCUCUUUCCGUUUAGGGAUUGGCGGCUCGGACGAUCCCCCGACAAUCUAUUAGCGCAAUUUAAGAUUUUACUUGCAACGACACUAGUGUUAACGGUUUUUACUGAAUAAGCUAUUUAUUGGUAGACUUAAAUUUUAGUUGUAGGCGAUGCAAUGAUUGAUACUCGAGGCAGUUGUUAGAGCCUUCUAUUUCUGUUGAUGAACUUGAUUUGUUAUAUUGUGAUGGUGUUAGGAAAUAAAUUGUUUUGAUUCGUAAUUUUAUAUUGAACGCCGUCCGAGACGGGCGACCGAAGGUUCGUUCGUCUCGGACGGGCUAAUUUAGUGUAUGCAUGCGGGGUGACUCGUUUAAGGCAGGUCCUUUCCUGACCUCGGUGGUAUCGACGAUACGAAAAAAUGUGUUGAGGAUAAAAGUUGCGUUGAAAGUAAUUCUGCGGUUUUUGAAUCGUUGUAGGGGCUUUGACGAACAGAUAUUGCGUCUAAAAUGCACCGUUCAUGGGUUAUUUGGUGUUUUAAAAAAAUACAUACAAAAUCCUCGAAAAUAUCAACAAACAUCUCGAACUACGUUCUUACGGAAGACAUUUCCAAAAUUUAAUUUCCUUUCGAUUUUAUUAAAGGACGUUGGGGUAUAUUUCUUUUGGUUUGCGAGAUGUUACCAGUUUUUUUGUAUUCGUUUUUACUUUUGUUGCAAUUUUUGCAUUAAAAAAUCGACAUUGCGUAAUAACGGUACUUUUAAAACCAAAAUUGACCGCGAUACCGUGAAUGUGACGUUUGUGCACCGUUGAACGUACAAGUUCAAAAUAAAAAUGCGUUUAAAACUCAUAAUUUUAAGUUCAAAUUCCAAAUUUUGAAUUUAAACUCGAAACUUCAUAUUGGAACUCUCAAUGUUGUGUUGAACCUUAAAAUUUCUAAUUCAAUCUCAAAAUUUCAUGUUUUAAAUUUCCAUCUCCAGGUUCAAACUCCAAAAAUUAAAAAAAAAUUUAAUUGAAACUUAAAACUUCAUGUUCAAACUCUCAAUGUUGUGUUGAAACUUAAAAUUUCAAAAUCAAUCUCAAAAUUUUAUAUUCAAACUCUCAAUAUCAAGUUGAACCCUAAAAUUUCAAAUUAAAUCUGAAAAUUCCACUUUGCAAACUCUCAAUUUCACGUUGCAACUCCAAAUUUUGGAUUUAAACUGGAAAUUUCAUGUCCUAACUCUUGAUAUCGAGUUCAAACUUAAAAUUUCCAAUUCAACCUCAAAAUUUCACAUUUCAAACUCCAAAUUUCGAAUUCAAACUCGAUAUUUCGUGUUCUAACUCUCAAUAUCACGUUCAAAUCCAAAUAUUCCGAAUUCAUUCUCAAAAUUUCUCUUUUAAAACGCUCAAUUUCAAGUUUCAACUCCAAAUUUUGAAUUUAAACUCGAAAUUUCAUGUUCUAACUGUCAAUAUCGAGUUUGACCUUAAAAUUUCGAAUUCAACCUCAAAAUUUGACUA